GGUGGCAGCAACAUGGCGGGGGCGGCCCAUUGGCUCCCCGCCGCCAUGAUUGUUUGUUUCUUCAGUGGCUGAGGGAAGGACAGAGAAACUCGAUAGAAAGUUGAAUAUUUCAGCUUGGAUUUUCCGUGGAAAGUGACCCUAUAUUAAAUGCAGGGUGAAAUAUGUCAAGAACUCCUAAGGAAGGAAAGGAAUCCAAAUCACACAGGGUGCGGACGCACACCAUUAUGGGUCAGGAAGAGGUUGGUGCUGGCAAGAAGUCUUUCUGGCCAGAACUUGAGAUAACAGGAAAUAUUCGAAACAUCAGUCCAGCAGUAUGGUCCUUGCAGCACUUAACAUCUCUGUACCUGAAUGACAACUGUUUGUCUCGCAUUCCUGCUGAAAUUGCUCGUUUGGAACACCUAAUGUAUCUUGACCUGUCAUGUAACAAAAUCCGCAGCCUCCCAGCUGAAAUUGGUGAAUUAACUCGUCUCAGGGAACUGCUGCUCAACAAUAAUCAGUUGCGUGUCCUGCCAUAUGAAAUAGGCAAACUUUUUAAUCUGCAAAAUAUUGGCCUCAAAGGGAAUCCACUCACCAUGGAAAUUCAAGCUGUUUAUUCAGAUAGCAACGGGACACUGAAGCUCCUCUCCUACAUGCUGGACAAUUUAGCAGAGAGUGCUUCUUGUCAACCUUUUUUUGACUGGGUGUGCACCUCAGAUGGGAUGGCCUUCAUUUACUGAGGCAUCAAGAACAAGUUGAAGACUCUCCAUCUGUGAUGCCGGCUGUGUGGACUGGGCAGAGAAAUAGCCAGAGGGAUUAGCUUUUUACAUGUUGUUGAACCAUGCUGAAAAUUAUUGAAUAUUUCUGUUUGAUAUAAGACAGGAAUCCAUUGCCCUGUUGAUGUGUGGAGUGCUGCAUCACUUGUCAUUUGACUGAAAUUAAUCAUGAAAUUGAUUAGUUUACUUUUUGUUUGGUGAAAAUUUCACAAGUAAUUGAGGUGAUGAUCAUCAAAAUUACACAUGAUAAUUUACCUGAAUGUUGCCAGUACUCUUAUUGUUAAUGAUGUUUACCUAGAACUUCUGGCCUAUAGUAGACAAGAGAGAGAGAGAGAGAGAGAGAGAGAGAGAGAGAGAGAGAGAGAGAGAGAGAGAGAGAGAAAUUGAACUCAUAUGGUUAUUAGGACAUGGUUGACUGUACACGGGGAGGUUGACCUUGCCAAGACCCUGAACUCUCAUCUUCACUUACGGAUGUCAUGUAGUAGGAGGAUGUAGGAAGGCUAGGAGUGAAAGAAUGAGGAAUUGAAUGAGAACAUUUGUGAUAAGUGGAGAAGAAAAUGGGAGGAAUUUAGAGUGAAGAAAAAUAAAUAAAUAAAA